UUGAGCUUCAGCUGCGUUUGCAAAACAAGCGGUGGAAGAUGGCGACGCCCGGAGGGACGAACAGAGCUUCCCACAGUCUGGAUAAGAGCAUUACUCUCCCACCAGACGAAAUAUUCCGCAACCUAGAGAACGCCAAGAGGUUCGCAAUAGAUAUAGGUGGUUCUCUGACGAAGCUCGCCUAUUACUCCACUGUUCAGCACAAAGUAGCCAAAGUUAGAUCAUUUGAUCACACAGCAAAAGCAGGAGUUCAGCAGGAAGCAGAUGGAGAGCCGCUUUAUGAGAUAUCCGUACAGGAGGAGAUCACUGCUCGCCUUCAUUUCAUCAAGUUUGAAAAUACGUAUAUUGAAACAUGUCUGGAUUUCAUUAAAGAUCAUCUAGUUAACACAGAAACCAAAGUCAUCAAGGCCACAGGAGGCGGGGCUUACAAGUUCAAAGACUUAAUUGAGAAGAAAUUGAAACUCAAAGUGGACAAAGAGGAUGAGAUGAGCUGUCUUAUCAAAGGCUGUAACUUUGUGUUAAAGAACAUCCCCCACGAAGCCUUCGUUUACGCAAAGCAUGCAGACUCGGAAUUCCGUUUCCAGAACACGCGCCCAGACAUCUUCCCUUACCUGCUGGUUAACAUUGGUUCUGGGGUUUCUAUUGUCAAGGUUGAAUCAGAGGACAAAUUUGAGCGCAUUGGUGGGAGUUCUAUUGGAGGCGGUACCUUCUGGGGUCUUGGAGCUUUGCUCACAAAAACCAAGAGAUUUGAUGAGCUUUUGCAGUUGGCCUCCAAGGGGCAGCAUACCAAUGUGGACAUGCUGGUGAAGGACAUCUACGGGGGUGCAUACGGCUCUUUAGGGCUGACUGGUGACCUCAUAGCAAGCAGCUUUGGGAAAUCUGCCACUGCAGACAAAGAGUUCUCCCAAGAAGACAUGGCCAAGAGCCUGCUGCAUAUGAUCAGCAAUGAUAUCGGGCAGCUGGCCUGCCUGUACGCCCGACUGCACAACCUGAACAGAGUGUAUUUCGGAGGAUUCUUCAUUCGCGGGCAUCCAGUCACCAUGCACACCAUCACCUACAGCAUCAACUUCUUCACCAAGGGGGAGGUGCAGGCUUUGUUUUUAAGACAUGAAGGCUAUCUAGGUGCUAUUGGGGCCUUUCUGAAGGGAGCAGAGGAAGACAAUCCUAACCAGUACAGCUGGGGGGAGAACUAUGCUGGCAGCUCAGGCCUGAUGAGUGUAUCCCCAGACCUGAACCCAAUGCAGAGAGCUCGCAGCGGCACGUUUGACAUGCUGGAAAUGGACCGUUUGGAGAGACAGCUGGUGAAUCUGCCGCUUCUGCAGGACCCCUCCUCCUACAUCCCAGACACUGUGGACCUGACCGAAGACGCCCUGGCCAGAGAGUACUGGCUCUACUGUUUUGAGGAGGCGCUGGAUGGGGUGGUAAAGCGAGCAGUAGCCAGCCAGAAAGAUCAGCCUGAGGCCGCGGAGAGGGCGGAGAAGUUCCGGCAGAAGUACCGGCACAAGCUGCAGACCCUCCGCCACCAGCCUUUUGCUUAUGGAUCCCUCACUGUGCGGAGUCUGCUGGACACAAGAGAACAUUGUCUGAACGAGUUUAACUUUCCUGACCCCUAUUCUAAGAUAAAGCAACGGGAGAACGACAUGGCGCUGAAAUAUUACCAGAAGGUGGUGAGGUCUCUGGAGGAGCUGAGCUGGGAGCAAAGACAGUUUGCACUGGUUAGAGGCAUUCUGGCUGGAAACGUCUUCGACUGGGGAGCCAAAGCUGUGUCUGAUGUCCUUGAAUCAGAUCCAGAGUUUGGGUUUGAGCAGGCAAAGCAACAGUUACAAGAGCGACCUUGGCUUGUGGAUGCUUAUAACCAGUGGGUUGAAAGGCUAAAGGGUCCUCCUCAUAAAUGUGCGUUGUUUUUCGUAGAUAAUAGUGGAAUGGACAUAAUUCUGGGAGUUUUUCCUUUUGUAAGAGAACUCCUCCUCAGAGGCACAGAGGUGGUUCUUGCCAGUAACUCAGGACCUGCUCUAAAUGAUGUGACUAACAGUGAGCUGCAGAUUGUCACUGAGAGAAUAGCUGCUAUGGACCCUGUAAUCCAGACUGCAGUGAAAGAGGAGAGGUUAAUAUUAGUUCAGAGUGGAUCCAGUUCUCCCUGUUUAGACUUGAGUCGGCUGGAUAAAGUCCUGGCCACAGUGGUGCGUGAGCGCGGCACGGAUUUGGUGAUCAUAGAAGGCAUGGGCCGCGCCAUCCACACCAACUACUACGCCAUGCUGAGCUGCGAAAGCCUCAAACUGGCAGUCAUCAAGAACUCCUGGUUGGCCGAGCGGCUCGGAGGCAAGAUCUUCAGCGUGGUCUUCAAGUACGAGGUUCCUUCCAAAGCCCAGGGGCUGCAUUGAAGCAUCGCUUGUGUUUUUCUGUGCGCUCAUCUCAAUUGGGAGGUUAUCAUGGUGAGCACUAGUAGGCCCCUGUAAGAGCACCCCAGUCACUUCUGUGCCUCUGCACCGCUCCUUCAGAUUGACGUGAUGAUUGUAUUCUGCGAUGGUGGAAUUCUUUAUUAUUAUUAUUUUUUUGUCUUUCUUUUUUUUCCCCAAUCCAAAUCAAUAAUAAGUGGGCCUGCUAUGAAAUUGAAUGUGCUUCUUAAAUGACCACUGUUAUUAUAUUUGGAUGGCAGGGUUUUCAAGUUUCGCUUUUUUUUUCUUUAUUCUUUUAUUUUGUGAUGAGAUUGAAUUCAAUUGUUCUCCAUCGCUUCGAGACGCCCCACGGUAUUCGGAAUGACACGAAAUGACUUGGUGAGAUUUCAGUUCGGCAGCUCCUGUGGCUGAAGCCUUAGAUAAACCCACCGAUGUUAAGCAAACAUCAAUUUAAAACCAAUCAAUACAGUAGAUAUAUAAAGGCAAUUGUUUUACAGACCCUCUUGGUGAAAACAUCAAAAAUUAACAGGCGUCUCUUUCUGUGCAGACUUCUUUGCAGCGCUUUCUCAGUGUUAUACAACACGGUUUUGUUUUUUUUGUCUCAUUUGUAGUGGUGGGAAUCACAGGGCAUCUCACAAUACGAUAUCACUAUACGUUUUCCACGAUAUAGAUGAUAUCACAAUACUGCGGUUCUGCAAUAAUUAAUAUAUGUCGCAAAACAAUUCCCUAUGAUACUUCACAGCAUCUCUCUUACGGAAGAGGAUAAAAUACUCCUAAAUAAGUAAAUAACAGGAAUUAUGGAUUAUUGGUUAUUGGUUAGUUUCACCCAAUUUCUACUAGAACUAAUAUUCUUAACUAUAGGUUAACCCUAAUUGUUCGAUUAUAGCGCCACCAUGUGGAGUAAUGUAGUAGUAACUUUAGUAAGUAAAAUUGUGGGGCGAGUCUUAGGGAGUUUAGAGUGCCUAGACCUGUCACAAUAAUUACAUUAUGGACUAAAACAAUCGAACAUGACCUCAAUCAUUUUAAUGAUUUUGACGUUGUCCAUUGUGUCCAUUGUGGUCCCUAACAGAAUAUGUCGUCAACAGAAGAAGUUGCACACAGCAGCCCUCAGUUCACACUGAAAUUUUUUUCUGAAAAACUGGGAACUUCCACUACCUAUUUCCUUUGGUGGAAAUGAGCCAAACGGUUCAAAAUUAGGUGUGUGAACUAGAACGAAGAAAGUUUAUUGUCUUUAACAAGGAGUAAUGUCUUUGUCAUGAUAUUAUGUUAUCAUUAUAUUAGUGGCAUAAAAUGGUCUUAAAAUCCCAAUAAUAAUAUAGAUAAACAUUGAUAAAGUAUUGAUAUUCAUAUAGUAUUGAUAUAUUGUCCCACUCCCACUCAAAACUUCAAAAAGCUUAUAGCUGCCUUCUGUGUGUAUAGGUGUCCUCCUCACAUACGUAUAUCGAUGUGAUUCAAUUCUAGUUGAACUUUUUUUUUUUUUUCAGACGACAGCAUGUUGCUUCACAGUAGGGCUGCAACUGAUGAUUAUAUUGGUAGUCAACUAAUCUGAUGAUUAAUUGAUUAGUCAUUAAUUAUUUAGUCAGCAAAUAUUUCUGCCACUCCCCCUCUCAUUUUAAAACACAAGAAACAUCUGAACAUGGAAUUUAAAUGCCCAGAAUGUUUAUGUUUAAAUAUGAAAUGUUCUGAUAUUAACAAGUAAACAUGUAAUCUGUUGCGUUUGGACACUUUUGGAGACGCAGACCAAGUUGAGUGUAAACUGUGUGAGUGAGCACAUAAUAACUCUCCUCCACUGCAGUUCUUUCCCCAGGUUCGUGUGUAGUGCAGUGCUGUUACAAAUUAAGGAUGAUACCACAGUUGGUUCUGACCGUGCAAUGUGAUUGGCUAAGAGGCAUUCUAUGAGUGCCUUUAUCAGCUGGUAAUGCACUGUAACCGAAGCUCUCCAUGUAUUACUCCACCACUUACAGGUAACCUAGGAUUGAAGCAGCACUUACAAGCCAAACAGCGCAGCUACAAACAGAGCAGCAAUCGAAAUAUAUUUGAACUCACGGAGAGUUUAUAACCAAACAGAUUGUAUUUUCUUGUCCUCUCAAAAAACUAAAAAAACAAUAUAAUAAACAGUAAUAAUAGAACUGUGGUAUAAUCACAAUAAUACACUCGAGGUAUGUGCUAUAAAGUGUAAUAUUGGCACUGCUGUGCUCCAAUCAUAGGCACAAGGUCGCAGGCCAAAGGCCAAUAUUACAUGUUUAUUUAUUCAACACUAAAAUAUCAGGCGACUAAUCAUUGCAGCCCUACUUUACAGCUGACCUCGUUUCCACUGUAGCUGUUCAGACAGUGUGAAUGGAAAUCUUAAGGAGGUAUUAAGAUGUUAAACUUUUCUUUAAGGGGAGUUAGGACUAGCAAGCAUAGCAUUGAUGGCUAAAACGUAACGUAAUAUAGUGCAACAUACUGUAAUGAACUCUUAAUUCUCUAAUGAAGCUUGAAAGUUCACUUAAAAGUUAUUGAAAUUGCGUUUGGUAUACUCAUAACAUUUGAAUUCAAUUGACCUGACUUUUAAUUAACUUGAAAACUGUUAAUCAUAAAUUAGAAUUGGCAUUUGUAUGUUUUGAACAUAAACAUUAAUAUAUAAACAUUAUUCAGUGCUAAUGAAUGUGUUAUGAAGCCUCUAAUUAGGUACCCUUUGUUUGAAGGGUACCAACAUAGGGGCUUCUUAACACAUCCAUAAGCAUUGAAUAAUGUAUCUAUAAAGUAGUACUUAAGUAUUUAUAAAUAUCUUAUGCCAGUACUCGCAACAUGACAUGAGACUUACACUAUAUUGCCAAAGAUAUCCUGCGCUCGCCUGCAUUGCUUUUGGUAAUGUAAAGCUUGGAUGGAGCUGCUCAGCCAUCGACACUCUCCAUUCCAUAAAGUUCUACUGUUCUUGAGCUAAUCUGAAGCUACAUGAAGUUUGGAGGUGUGUAGUGAUUGAUGUAGUGACUCUGCAGAAAGUUGGUGAACUCUGUGCACUAUUCACCUCAGCAUACAGUGCUAAAUAGACAGCUCUAGAAAAAAAAGAGACCGCUUCAGUUUCUGAAUAAGUUUCUCUGAUUUUGCUAUGAAUAGGUUUAUGUUUGAGUAAAAUGAACAUUGUUGUUUUAUUCUAUAAACUACGGACAUUUCUCCCAAAUUCCAAAUAAAAAUAUUGUCAUUUUAGAGCAUUUAUUUGCAGAAAAUGAAAAAUGGCUGAAAUAAAAAAGUGCAGAGCUUUCAAACCUCAAAUAAUGCAAAGAAAACAAGUUCAUAUUCAUAAAAGUUCAGAAAUCAAUAUUUGUUUUUUAAUCACAGUUUUCAUGCAUCUUGGCAUGUUCUCCUCCACCAGUCUUACACACUGCUUUUGGAUAACAUUAUGUCACUCCUGGUGCAAAAAAUCAAUCAGUUCAGUUUGGUUUGAUGGCUUGUGGUCUUCCAUCUUCCUCUUGAUUAUAUUCCAGAGGUUUUCAAUUUGAUUAAAUCAAAGAAACUCAUCAUUUUAAGUGGUCUCAUAUUUUUUUUCCAGAGCUGUAUAUUUAAAUACCUAUAAAAUAAAUUAAAAUCUGAUUUUUACCACAUACAGUAUGCAUGUUAGGUCAAUACAGUCUCGUGUAUUUCAUAAUAUGUCCUAUGACAUGUUACAAAUGCUGGCAUAAACUAUUCAUAAACAUUAACAUAUUUCUUUAUAAAUAAAUUAUUCAAAAGUCAAGUAAAUCUAUUUCAAAAAUUCAAAUACAGAUUCGGAUACUUAUAACUGAAGCUUUCAUGCUUUAUAUAAAUAAGUCUGAUCACAUGAACAGUGUUCCUGUGGCCUGUGGAGAAGUUGUUACCACACUUGACCACACUUUUUUUUUUUCCUCACUGCCAUUCAGAAAUGCUGCCGCAGGAUUUCGAGUUAAGAUUUCCAUGCAGGGAUAAUUUUAAAUUCAUUCAAAUACUAUUUAAAAUACUUCAAGCUCUUUGCUCCCACUAGGUGUCAGUAUUUCACCAUCAGUGAGCUUCUACUCGGGCCUGUAGUCUGUUUUUAAUUAGACUGUUGAAUCUGAAGUGAGUGGCAGGUGUCUACGGUUGAUUUAUUUAGUUUCUGUACUUGUGAGGAGUUGAACAGCUGCUUUAAACUGAGUGAGGGGUAAAUGAGAGUGUUUUAAUCCAUGUGAUCUUAGUUACGCCUCAUUUUAAGUGCAUACAUUAGCUCAAGUGUUUCCCCCAUCCAGAAGUAUGUGGCUCUUUUCUGCUUUAACAUUUUCUGCUCCCAUUUUCUGCCAAUAAGACUUUUUUCAUUUUAAAAUAUUUUGAGAACCUUAAAAUUUCUGAAGAAUUUAAGCUCUUGAAUAGGAAUUUAGAGAAUCACAGCCCUUAAAAUUCUCAAAAAAUAAAAUUUUAAGCCACACAUCAUGAAUCUGCCGUUUUGUAAAUUGUAACUCUUAAGAUUCUCAAAAUGAGAAUUGCGUCUCACAUUAUGUGGAUUACACCUGAAGUUCCAAAUAUGGGCAUGGUGCUGACUAUCCACCUUAUUCUGCUACGCCCACUUUUAAGAGUUAGGGUUUUUUUCUGCAUUUGUGUCAGAAUAUCCAGGCAGCUCAUAUUAAAGUGGUUCGUGCUCGUAUUUAAACAAUCGUAUUUAAAGUGAUUACAGUCUGAAGUUGCUAUCUGGGCUAAGCCAAAACUCCAACAUGAUAUUUACCCUUAUUUAAAUAUAUUUCGAGUGUAUGUAAGGAUACCACAUAGCUAACUGGCUAGCUAAUUUAUAUCUGUUGCCUUCCAGACAAGGGGAGCUGCUUUUGUGGUUGAAGGAGCUAAAUUUAAAACAUCCACCCAAAUGUCCAUAUAUCUGCUCUUACCUUUCUGUGGAGGGAAACUUGGUUCUGAAACUCUGGAGUUCUGAAGUGGACAUGUUGGGUGAUAUGAGGCUGUUGGAGAAUGUGCUAGCUUAAUAGCUAAUCUGCAAGUGCUGGACUUCACGAGUGUGUGUUGUGGUUAAACCUCACCAGCACACAGAUGGUUCUGCUGUACCAAAACUUUAAAACCGAAGCGUUUCUGCUUUUGAUCAAGAUGUUCUGGUGUUGGCUUUCCUUCCACAGAAUAGUAAGAGCAGAUGUAUAGACGGUUCAAAUUUAGCUCCUUCAACCACAGAUGCAGCUCCCCUUCUUUGUAGAAGGUGGUGGUGGUUGUAAGUUAAAUUAAUCUCCUCAACAUUCAGAUCUUUUUGUGUGGUUCUGGUAAAUUAUUCCCCUCUUCUAAUUACUGCGAUGCCCAGUAACUUACUUAUUCUGUACAUUCAUUAUCACUGUGGGUGUAAUCUAUAUCAGGGGUUCAACUGCUGCACUGGAAGUUCUAACACACAGUAAACAAAUAUGGCCGGCUCCAUGUCAUUGUGCAGAAUAAUAUGGAUAGAAUGAUGACACCGUUUUAUUGGUCUGCUCUACAGUGUUUGAGUUGAGAAAAUGACAGUCAAGGCUUUUAACAUCGCAUUCACUCUUUACUUCUGCUUUUUCGGUUUGGAAACUUUUGAUCAACUCUGAAUCCACUUCAAGGUUGGAGGGUUGGGAGAGCACAAAUGAGAGACAGUACAAAAGAAAGAGAGAUAGUGGGAGAGUUUUUGUGUGUGUGUUCAGAAAUGUCUUUACUAAUUGUUUAUUAGUGUGUCUUGAUGAAAAAUGAGAUGAAUCAGGUACAAUAUCUCUCUAUUCCUAUUCAGUAAAUGUGUGCACACAUUCAAACACCCUACCUAAUCACAUUAUCAGUAUUGCACAGACUCAAGCACUCACGCUUCUGCCACUGUGUAGUGUGAUUUAACAGAGAGCGUGUGUGUCUGUGAUGACAGAUCCGUGAAUCAAGUAUUUUAAGGGUGUUUUCACACCAGCCCUAUUUAUUACGGUUAAAACUCGGUUCUCUGGUUCAUUUUUUCUAGUCUUUGGUACAAGGUUGUUCACAUUUGACCACAGCAGUGCUGCAUAAUGUUGAGUUUCCUGUGUUGCAGUAUUUAGACUGCAUUUACACCUAGUUUUUUCAUUCAUCACUAAAGUCAGGAUUAUAUUUGAAUAAGGCUAGUUCAUAUAAAAAUUGCAACUGUGAACACACACAAAGCACUUGUAAAACAGAUACAGUUCCAGUCACUCAAACCACUUCAGGAGAUGGUCUGAAAUGCAUUUGGGCCACAUGCUGUAGCAGUGAAAACAUGUAGACAUCUGCAUUUCCAAGGCAAUGUUUUUACUAAUUCUGAUGUAUACAGCUCUGGAAAGAAAUUAAAAGACGACUUCAGUUUCUGAAUCAGUUUCUCCGAUUGUCCUGUAUUUAGGUAUAAGUUUGUUUAAAAUUAACAUUGUUGUUUUAUUCUAAAAACUACGGACAUCAUUUCUCCUAAAUUCCAAAUAAAAAUAUUGUCAUUUAGAGUAUUUAUUUUGCAGAAAAUGAGAAAAAGUUGCAGAGUUUUCAGACCUCAAAUAAUGCAAAGAAAACUAGUUCAUAUUCAUGAAGUUUUGAGAGUUCAGAAAUAAGUAAUAGGUGGAACAUAAUCACAGCCUUCAUGUUUUUUGGCAUGUUCUCCUCCACCAGUUUUACACACUGAUUUUGGCUAACUUAAUGCCACUCCUGGUGCAAAAAUUCAAGCAGUUCAGCUUGGUUUGUUGGCUGUGAUCAUCCAUAUUCCUCAUAUAUCCUCAUGAUUAUAUUUCCGGGGUUUUUUAAUGUGGUCUCUUUUUUUUUUCCAGGCUGUUCACAACUUGUUAAUGUGACCCAUAUCUAACAUCUGUCUUAAUGGUUUGCCCUAUGUAAAUGACAUGCAUACACAAGACAUCAUUGCUUUUCUGUUUCAUCCUUGUCAGAAUGUCAGGAGGUAUGAGGUCAUUAUUUAGUUCAGGCUGAUAGCUAGUUUCAUCACUGAGAAUUAGCAUGUUAUUCAGCCACAGACAGUGAUUUCUUUUAAAGCUUAAAAUAAGCUUUAAACUAAUGUGGCUUUUUUUAAACCUAUACACUGGUGUCUGUACACAACUGUGUUACAACUGUGUAUUCUUAGUUUUGUGGCAUUUUACAUUGCGUAGAGUGACAGUUCUCUCUGGCCAAUCAGCGUUCUGUAAGGUUUUUAUGUAAUAUUCUAGUUUUUACUUGAAUCUAUUGGGACUGGGAGAAAGCACAUACUAAAAAGUAAAACGUACCAAAUGUACCUAACUGAAAAGACAAAAAGCAGUGUCGGGUAAAAUAGUUUUAGGCCUGUCAGUUCACUCUGUGGCCAUCUUUUCAACUUGGCCAAAAUAAUGAAAGCAGAGUGUCAGAUUACUGUUUCAGAAUCAUAUUCUAAAUCAAUGACAAAAUCUGAAAAAAUAAAUGGUUUGUACCAUUUGACUCAAUUAUGCCCAAAAAACGUGAUUAUUCGGCUUGACAUGGCUACUGUGCUUGCGCAGAUCUCCUUAGUGAGGGGGGCCUUCCCCCUAGCACACCUACCCUCCUCUGCUCUCUUCUCUCCACACAACCUGAAACCUGAUUGGCUCUUUUUGUUAAAGGGUGGGAUUUUAUCUGUAAAUAGGCUCCAUGAGCGUUACAAUAAAAGUCUCUUCAUUCAACAUCUCUGGUAACAGCCUACCUAGUUAAGCUUGUAAUAAGUGAUUUGCUCAUUAGCGUAUAAUUGAAACUGUAAACUUAAUAUUAUGUAGCAUAUCUGAACUCCUUGGUGUAAAACUAUUUACAAAAUUCAGUUGUGUUUAAUUUAAAAUCUUGAUACUGUGUUUUUUUUUCUCAGUACAGAAGAAGUGGCUGAAAUGUGCCUUAUAUUAAUGGUGUUUUCAUUUUCAGUUUCUUUUGAAUUUUAACCCUGUAAAAGUACAAUAUUUGAAACUAAAGCUGUGCUCUAGCCUCAAGCAAAUAUGAUAAUUUCCAGCUAACACACUAGCCACAAGCUAAUAACAUUGGCACAUGUUAAACCACUAGCCACAAGCUAAUAUAUCUGUGCCCCAAAGUAACACAUUAAACCGCAAGGUAAUAUCUGUGCCCCAAGCUAACACAUUUUACACAGAGUACAAUGCACUUUGUUACUAAAGCUCACUAAACUAAACAUCAAACUAGAUUAAGUCCAGUAUUGUGUGACGCCUGUUCGAACAAGCAACAGUAUCUGUGAAAGUAUUCACUUGAAAGUGUGAUUUUAAUUUAAUUAUGGUGAUUUAAGCCUUUUACGAGUUUAAGAGUCUUCUCAGCUCUAAAUCUGCUUCUCAGAAGCCACAUACUGAAUUAUCACCUUCCAGAAUUGUAAAGUGGAAGACACACACACACACACAGACACGCUGCAGAGCUAUCUGCUAAUCUGCUAUCUGGGGCACUUUACAACCUCCUCCACCUUCAGGUUAGCAUGUUCAUCCAUCUCUCUCAGACCAAAGCUGCUGUUUGUCGUCCACUUUUUCCUCUGUGUCCAAAGCUCGUGUUGCUUUAACCACAGUCUCACUUUGUGAGAAUUUGUAAAAUCAUAAUGUAAAUACAAUGUAAGUGUGUACAUAAAUGUUGGGUUAAUUUACAUAUCUUGGCAUUUGUUUGAGAUGCACAGUAUUUUAGCUAAAAAAAAUGAAAUAAAUAUAUAUAUAAAAUAUA